CUAUUACAAUUCUCCACACUUCUACAACCUCUUAGAUUUUGUUUCAAUUGACGGAAUAAGGUGUAUAUGGACAUUGCAUCGGUGAUAUCCCCUUAUAAGCGACGGGCAAUUGCCCUCAACAUCUCAAAUUAUUAUAAUGCCCCGGCAAAUCAUUCCUGCAGACAUUAUCUCUGCUGGGCCUGAUAAUGCCACCCAGAUCGCUGCACCACCCACUUCAAAACGAAAAGCCAGAAGAUUAGGUCUCAACGCAAAAGGACAGCCUAUAAAGCGGAGGGCUGCAAAGGCAUGUCAGGUAUGUCGGUCACGAAAAGUUCGCUGUGAUGUCGUUGAACAUGGUGCGCCAUGCUCAAAUUGCAAAUCCGGGGCGAUUCCGUGUACCGUGCCAGAAACCAAGCAUAAGAAGACAAGCUCUCUCAAAACUUCAGGAGUCGACGGCCACCAUAGCCAUUCACACUCUCGUUUACACAGCUCGUUGUCGAGGACAGAUGUUUCCAACGACGGCGCCGACCCGAUCGAUAUCUCCAGUCCAGAUAUUGAUGACAAUUCGAGCCGAUCCUCAAGCCCACCUAGCGACGAAUAUGAAAGUGGCAGCGAUAUGCCCCACCCUUUGGUCUCAGGAAAAACUCGGCUGGGACAGCCCCUUAACUUCGACGAUAUUGUCAAUUCCGUUGGUAUUACAGGCGACCUUCGAGCCUCUCGAAUAAAAUCGAUUUCUCCACCACCGAUGGCUACCACCAUAGACUGCGAAUCUCCACGAGAUUUCUCCGAUGGCUUUCUCCCAGCAUAUAUUCAGCCACUGCCAACAUGCAUGGCAGCAGAGGAUAUGAUGCACCUGUGGAAUAAAGGAGCUACUGUUAUUCCAGAAAUCGCCUUUCGGAACGAGCUUCUUUGGAGCUAUAUCGAAUUUGUCCACCCAUACAUGCCGUUGCUUGACGUGCACGACUUCUUACAAAUUGUGAACAAGGGAACUGGCGAAAAUGGCAGAGUGAGCCUGCUUCUGUUCCAAGCUGUCAUGUUUGCCGGGGUCGCCUUUGUGGACAAGUCAUAUUUGACUGCGGCCGGAUACCCCACAAGGAGAGCUGCACGGAAAGCCUUUUACCUUAAGACUAGGGCGCUCUAUGAUUUUGACUACGAGUCCAAUGUUGUGAUUAUUGUCCAAGCCCUUCUCCUCAUGUCUUUUUGGUUAGAAAAUCCAGACGGCCAGAAAGACACCUGGCAUUGGAUAGGUGCCGCAAUUUCGUCUGCAAAUUCAAUAGGACUCCACUGCAAUCCCGUCAAUUCCACCACAGACGUUAAGACACAAAAAUUAUGGAAGCGGAUUUGGUGGUCAUGCCUAAUGAGGGAUCGCCUUGCUGCCCUCGGUCUGCGAAGAAUCCCACGGACAAAAGAUGACCAUGAUGUGCCAAUGCUCACAUUAGCCGACUUCGAUAUCCGCCCAUUAGCCGCCAAUAAUACAAUAAUACCAUCUAAGUGCAAAAUGAUUAGAGACGUGGAGAUGCAAAAAGAUCUAGCUAUGCUAUGUAUUUCCCAAGCCAAGCUUAGUCUUUGUAUCAGCCAUGUUCUCAGCACCCAAUAUUCGGUUCUGAUAAGAAACCAAGGUAUCGCCGCAAGCCAAGACUGGAACACUCGGCCAAGCGCAGUGCUGCUACCAAGGAAUCUCGAGCAAACCGAAGAAGUCAAUAUUUGUGACAGCGAGCUUGCUGAUUGGGUCCAGAGCCUUCCAUCCCAGUGCAUCUCUAAGGAUCCUACUUUGGAAGAGAUAGAGAGCGGUGCAUCCACUGUUAUUGUACAGCGUACCCUGCUCCACAUGUUUUACUACGCCACUCUUGCCGCACUACACAGGCCACAACUCCGAAGGUACGGCAAACUGCAAGAAGACUCUCGAACAAAGGUCCACAAAGCUUCUUGUGAAAUUACACGAAUGUCACAGUCGUUACAUAAGGUCGAGCUUACCGGCUACCUCUAUAACGGUGGCCUCACUGUCCUCCUACCAGCCAUCAUCAUCCACCUCCUGGAUCUUAAAUCCCCCAACGAGGCUAUCCGCUAUAAAGCUCUCCAGCGAUUUUGUCAGUGCAUGCAAGUCGUCGAGAAGCUGCGAGAAAACUAUGCCAUCAUCGACUCAGAGACACAAUUCCUUGACGCUGCAAUUCAAAAAUCACACAUCAACAUUGAUAUGCACUUGAUAUCAUCUAACGUCUCGAGUGCAGAGAUUUUUCGACCAAAACGAACUGUACAGAGUGUAUCGGAGCUGGUUGCUGCAGGUCGAGCAGCGCGCUUCACGCCUCCACCGGAGAACAACGAGGUUCAGUUUUCGAUGCCCGAUUACUCCACGACAGCGAACAGCAUUGGAGGCGACCCCCCCGUGUUAUUCUCUACAACCAAUGCCUUCCUCUCGAGAAUCUCAGACAGCUUCUCAUUAGGUAACGAUGAUAGCGCGAGACACACAAUGGGUUUUAUAGAUAGGAGGGAAGAGACUCAGGGACAUGAUUGUGGUGACGAGGAAUAUGAGGGGCUGAUAGAUACGUCGAAUGGCUUUGAAAACGGGACGGGGUUUACGGAUUGUGAGGAAUGGGGAGGGUUAGCGUUAAACGACAGUCUGGGAGUGACUGGCGAGCUGGGAGGUUUCAUGACAGAGACGGAUUUGAUGAAUUAUGAUGAGAUAGCAGAUGGCUAUGGUUGUUCCGCAGGAAGCCCCUUUGGUAGAGGGCAAGAACUCGGGAGGGAGUGUAGCGAGGAAAGGCAUGGUAAGACAACGAAGGAGUUAAGUGAGGAGGAUAUUGCAAUGUCCUUUCUCAUGGAGUGGUGUGAGGGUAACGUCGAUUAGAUUGCAGUUCUAACCUUGUUACAUUUCACGGCCGCGGUACGCACCUGGGAAUUUUAGGAUAUUUCUCAUCUUGUAAAUUCAUUGUAAAUAUAUUCCAUAUAUUGGAGAAAUCAGCACAAAAUGAGAC